AUGUACUAUAGUACAGGACGUGUAGCCCAAAUUAGAAUUAAGGAUGAUAAAGAUUCGGACAAUAUUCGUAGCUUUGCCAAUGUGACAUUGCAACUGACAACUGAUAAAUCCAAUCCAAAACUUAUUCUUCAAAUUCCACCUGAUAAUAAUAUUGUUGAACAAUAUCGUUUAAAAGAGUGUUCUUAUGUACCAGGAUCAUCAACUCCCGGUAGUGUGGAAUGUAUUCAUCAGGAUUCUACAAAAGAAACACUGAUUAUAAUCGAUACAGCAAAACAAUGUAGUGAAUUGUUAGAAUACAUGCGAAAUUAUUUUACAAAUCGUCCUUCUAUCAUUGACGAAGAUAUACAUGAACCUAUUCCUAAUGAAGAUGUGAAUCGUUUAAUUCGAGCAUUGAAUGAUAAUAAUGGAGAUGAAGCUGCUCGAAUUGCUCGUCAGCUUGCUUCUAAAAAGAUUCCAAUUCGAUUUGCUCUCGAUAUAAUUAAUGAACACGGAAAUGCAACACCUAAGCAACCACCGAAACCUGUUGUAAAACCAUUACUAUUAAAAUUAGUAAUCGAAAGUUUUUUAAUUGAUCAUUGUACUAAUGACCAAUUUGAUGUGGCUAUUCUUCCAGAAACAACUAUAGCAGAUCUUAAAAAAAUAGUUGAACGUGAUACACAAAUCCGUCCUCAACAACAAUAUUGGUUUAUUAAUCGAGAUCAUCUUGCUGAUAAUUAUAAAUUUGGUGUUUCAUCGCCAAGAAUCAAUGAAAAUACAGUUCUUACUCUUUAUAUUGCUAAAACUCAGAACAAUUGA